AUGUCUGACACAGGUAGUCCAGUCGAGAAGAAACCCGAUAUCAAUGCUAACGAAGGCGCCGCCAGCGCCACCGCCGAAACUCACAUCAACUUGAAGGUUUCCGACGGUUCGUCGGAAAUCUUCUUCAAGAUCAAGAGGACUACUCCCUUGAAGAGACUGAUGGAAGCCUUUGCCAAGAGACAAGGUAAGGAAAUGGAUUCUCUAAGAUUUCUCUACGACGGGAUCAGAUUACAGGCUGACCAAACACCGGAGGAUCUAGACAUGGAGGACAACGACAUCAUCGAGGCCCACAGAGAACAGAUCGGGGGUGCCAUCUAG